UCUCUAAGCAUGUUGUACACACCACAUGAGAACGCAUAAAUUUAAAAGAAGCAUGAUAGAGUGUAUUAAAUUUAGUUUGUUCCUACACUCGUGGCGGGAAACGUUGGGAGCUCCUCUACACGCUGCUGCUGCUGAUCUCUAAGCCAGAAUUUACAUUGCUUUUAGUAGGAUAGCUUCGUGUUCUUUUCUCUCCUCGAGAGAUCUUUCUUUUUCUUUGCAUCACACACAAUGAUGCCCUCUCAGGGAAUUCAAAGGAAAGUGCGCUGAACAUCAGUCUCAGUCAGUUGUGUGCUGAAGGCAAGUGCGGAAAAGUGCGUGAUUUUAAGAACCUCUCUGCAGACAUGACGUCACCCAGCAAAUACGGCGAUAGAACAAUGUAUGAGAUCAUAAAUAAUCAUUCAUUGCUGUUGAAAGAUGAUCUGCCCAAUAAAUCAAAGGAGAUGCAGAGGGAAAAUUAUAAAAUAAUUGGGCUUUUGCUGACAAUUGUGAUUUUCUCCUUCACCCUGGCCUUCACUUUCAAUGUCUUCACGAGGAGAUUCCAAGGCGAUCAGUGUCCUUUGCAGACAAAAUUCCGCCUCAAUGUGGCAUCAACGCGAACUCUGGAUAACUCCACCACGACUCACAUUGAGGCAUAUGCCAUGUUCUUUGGGCAGCACACCUAUUGCGAUUAUGUGGCAUUCCCACCGAUAGUUAUGGGUAUGUUUGCCAUCGUGUGGGCCACGUUCUUCCUCAUCUGCGGCUAUGGAUCAAAGGGCAACGCAACAUUGCUACCAAAGCCGUGGAGAAUCUUGACACCGUCCAUCAUUUUUGUGAUCCUAAUGACGAUCGCCUCGGUGAUCCACAGUGUCUACGUAACUGUGAAAAUGGGACAGAUGUGUGAUGAGUUGCAAACUGCUCUUGGGAAAAUCAUUGAAGAAAAUUCCUGCAGGGCUGCUCUCAAUGCGAUCGACGGUGAUCACCAUGGGUUGAGAUCAUUCAUUCUCUACCAAAUUGUUCUAAUUGCCUCCUACAUUGUACUUACUCUGUGGAUUCUUCUCAACAUCUUCCUGGGACUACGAUGCAUCUCUGGCAAGGAUUUUCAGCAUGUUCAAGUCACAAUGCAUCCCAUUGUGGACAAGAGUCCCCUUCAGCAUAGUUUGGAUGAGAAAUGCGAUCUCUGCCCACCAAAAUCAGAAGAAUAAUUGCGAAAAAAAUGACUUCUUAGACGUUAUGAAUUUAUGUCUUUACCGUUUAUUACAAUCUAAUGAUUUUUUUUUCAUCAUUAUAAGUUACGAAGUACAAAUUCAAUAUCACCAAACAGUUAUACAAAUGGAAGGAAAUUAGUAAUUCCAUCCCAAAUUCCUCAUCAAAUAGAAAUAUUUGUGUAUAAUUCAGAUUAUUUAGGCAGCAGAAUUCCAUUGAGAAUUCAAUGCUCAAAGCGCGAAAGAGUUAAAACACAAAAAUAAGUAUAAUAUGAGACACCUGGACUAACCCACGGUGUGUGCAGUUUAAUUUUCUCAAGAAUUUUUCUCUUGUAUUUUACAAUUUUUUUCCCAUCUUUCAAUCAGUAUUCUAGACACCAGAAUUCCUCUUUUUAUUUGGCUUCUCUACAACAGUCAUCCAUCUUCGCUCUAUUUGCGCUAUUUUUUUUUUAAAUUUAUUUUGAUAACUUUUAAGUCUAUUCUUUUCUCGAAAUAUUUGAUUAGACACCGUGUUUGAAAAUUGCCAUUGAAUUUUUUUUUUAUAUAUCUUUUACACACUGAUUAUUAUAUUUUUUUCUUCACACUAUAUAACAUCAUAAACACCAUUUUGCAUUAAUUUAGUAAAUCCUGUGUUUUUCUAUGUAGUAGGAUUUAAUAAACAUUAUAUGUAUGCGAUAAUGGGAUACUGUUGAGGGAAAUAUCAUAAUUUUUUUUACAUCAAAUUUUGAAUUUUGAGGAAUCAAAAAAUCUUUUAAAGAUUUCUUAUAUGUUUCUUUCUUUUAUUUAUGCAUUAUCUGCAGGGCAGACCGUAUAUGUAUGUAUUUUUAUGUGAAAUGAUUGAAUGUUUUCCAUAGCAAUAGAACUAUGUGUAUAUAAUAGAUUAAUUAAAACUUAUACAAUAUA